AUGCAGCCUGUUAUGUCCCCCUUCGAAUAUCUUUCCUCCUUGUCCUCUAAGGGCGUUCACAAUCAACUCGUUCAGGCGCUGAAUGUAUGGAUCGGCGUGUCCCGUGAUGUCCUGUUGGCUACGCUGUCGAUCAUCCGCGACAUUCACAACAUCUCGUUGAUUCACGACCUCUUCCGGGUGAACCACGUAUCAGCGCCGACGGUCCCGGAAUACCUGAAGAUGAUCGACGGAAAAAGGGGGGCUUUAUUCCGCAUGACUGCGCGUCUCAUGAUUGCGCAAUCAUCCUCUCCGCACAAACCAGCCAAUCUUGGCCGACUGAUGAUCUUGUUUGGCCGAUACUUCCAGAUCCGCGAUGACUAUGCCAAGCUCGUGGUGGAUCAAGUAGGGCUCUCUCCAUCAUUUACAUCUAAUAUGUGUAUUUCCGCUCACCAUCUUGAUUGUACACAGUACCAAGACUCGAAAGGCUUCUGCGAGGACUUGGACGAAGACAAGUGGAGUUUAAUAUUGCUCCACGCACUUGAGAAUGCCAGCCUACAAAUCCGAUGUAUCAUCCAGAAUUUGCUGAUGCAGCGGCAUGCAAACGGUGCGGCCGCCCAGGGCCAUAAACAAUUGCUUCUCGGCCUUCUGCAGGAAACAGGGUCAUUACAUUACACUGCCGAAGCGCUGUGGAGGUCCGGGCAAUUGAGACGUCGACGGGCAAGCCAAACCUGGUGA